AUGUCUGGAAUUACAGAGAUUGCGUUUGCGCCCCUGAAAAAGGGCAUCAAUGUCACCGACCCUGGUAGUGAUGCGUACAAAACUCUAACGGAAGAGGCUUUCCGGCGCAUCAAGGGAUGGAAAGCUUGCCAACGUGUUUACUGGGGUGUUGAGAUUGAGGAUCCGGACAAGCUGCGGCUAUUUGUGAACUGGGACUCCCUCGAGGCCCACGAGGAGGCCAACAAAGAUCCUGCUUAUUUACCCGCUGUGAUACCUAUUGGUUCCGUGUGCUCUGGUCCACAUACGGUCUAUCACGCACGGUUCAACCCUUAUCCGCCCACUGUGCUCGCCGAAGCACCUGUGACGGAGGUAAUGACGAUUUACUUUCCCGCCGACUACUCCUUGGACGAUCAGAAGACGUAUGACGACGGAAUGCGAAAAUUCUUCAAGGCGUGCCACACCCACGCCGGCGGGUUCUUGACUAGCACCGGGGGUUGGGUGCAUGAAGUGCAGAAACUCGAGGAUGGGGAAGAGGUGAAAGCUUAUGUCGCAUUGUUCGGAUGGGAAUCAGUCGACCAUCAUUUGGCUUUCCGCGAGACCAUUCAUUUUAACGAGUUGAGAAAGAACAUGGGCCAGCCUAAAGACCUGAAGAAGUUAGAGGUCGUACACGUGAAGGUCACGGAGUUCAAGGGAUGA